CUUGACCUCCUUCUCUUCUUUAACCUUCUUCGUAUUCAUGGACAAGCCAAAGCGAAAGCGGCUUGCAAAGGCCUGCGAUGGCUGCCAUAAAAGCAAGAGGAGAUGCGACGGAACAGAUCCUUGCAGUAAUUGCUACUUCGCGAGCAAGCCGUGUACAUAUACCGAUUCCAGUGGCCGCCCUGUCCCGCCCCCCCGCCAGCCGGACACGCAGCAAACGCAGCAGUAUCAGUUCCCGCAGCCCUCUCAGUCGUACCCAAGCCCUUCGGGUCGCAAACGUUCCCAUUCCGAGGCAGCUCCAGAGACCUUGGAUCCCUUGAUGACGAGGGAACUUACGAACCUGUUUUUCACUCACUGUCAUCCGGCUAUGUCGAUAAUCCACAAGCCGACCUUCACCUCAUCCCUGUCACACAAUCAAAUCCCCCCAUAUCUUCUGCACGCAGUAUCUGCCAUUGCCGCUCCCCAUUCCAAGCAGGCCUCGCUUAAAACGACGCCACAACGACAUGCAGGCAGGAGGUUCGCUGAUGCUGCUAUCUCUCUGAUGUUCGACGCUGGCGGGCGUCUUACCGCAUCUGCCACUGUUCAAACUGCUCAGGCUCUAUGUCUGCUCUACUUUUACGAGGUGGUUGAUCAAAAAGGCUACAUGUCUGAUACUACCCGUAAGGAUAAAAGCCAUUCCGGGUGGAUAUCAGGGGAACGAUUCCGCACCCUGACGUUGCAAAUGAUCCAAGCCCUCAACGUUCACACCCCGGAACAUCCCCUUCUCACGCCAACACCCACUCAGGCGUAUGUCUCAGAAAGUCUUGAGCGUGAAUGUGUUCGGCGGAUAUUCUGGAUUAUUUAUUUCGUCGAUUGCAUACGCGGCGUGUAUUACGGAUGGGAAGGCGGUGGCAUGACACGGUCGUCUCCAAGUGGUAGGGGCCUCAGUAUUGGUGGUGGUGUCAUGGGCUUUAGCGAAGCCGAACUUCGACUUCGCCUACCAGCCGAUGAGACUAGCUUCGAACUGGGCGUUGUCCAUCAAAGUUUGCCGGAAUAUUUAUACUUGCCCGCCGUUCGCACACAUUAUGCCUCAGAGAUGGGGCACUUGACCCGGAUCGCGACCCUCUACCAGAAAAUAGAGGCGGCUAUGGACACGCUGCAAGAUCCUCAAACCAGAGACAUACUUAUGGAAUGUCAGAAAUUUUUGGAUGAAUGGGCGUCUGCCCUGCCUACUCAUCUUCUAUUCACGAAUCAGUGUCUCACGGUUCAGAAGUCCAUGUUUGAAACAAGCUCCAACUUCGGUGCUUGGUGCUAUGCUUGCAUCCAUGUUCUCCAUGCCAGCUGUGCACUUGCUUUAUUAGUAGCAACACAAAGGUUUGCUGAGCAAGAUCAUCAGCUAUUCGAGGUCCCAGAUUUCAGCUUUAUCACGGAUCGCAUAUACGCAGUCAUUGAGAUGCUCGGUUGUAGGGCCAAAUAUAGCCUCAUUCAGGGUUCAGUGAUAUGGCCUUUGAUCAAAUACUUGAACCUAACGGACGACCAGCAAGUCGUCGAUUGGCUCGAAGCUUACGAAGAGCUGACGGGUGUCCGUAUGGAGAGGCUCAUACGUGACAGGUGGGGUACUCCAGACGUCUGUUCCACCUUGGGUCUCGUUCGGCGACAGGGCCCUUCCGAUUCAGCGAUGUAUUCCACACCCAAACCUGAUCGUCGUACAAAUCCCGAUAUUGACCCUACGCUGCUGCCCCUCACAGAGCGGAAUAACUCCGCCGAGCUACCCAUUCCCGUCUACGCAUCGUCGUCGUCACACACCGCCGCCCCCCAGUCACCGUCAGCGAAUCCACAUUCUCACUCUAAUUAUCUUCCGUCUCUGAAGUCUAGCGGUUUACUUGAGUGGAGCAACGGCCCCUCUACUAGUGCCUCUCCAUUGGUAGCACCUCUGGAGCGGAGACCGUUUGCCGGUCCGGAUGCAGCCAGGAGUAUGCCAGUAGGCAUGCCUUGGCUAGCCAAUGAGUCGAGAUGAUUUAAUUGUAUUGUUGCCUGGUCGUCACUCUUUUGUAUUAUAUGUAAUGUAUACAUGUUCUUUUAUUGUUGCACUUAGUAAUUAGUAUGUAUGCCCCGCAAUGCAGACUUUCGGAAUACGAUCGAGU